UUGUAUUUUCCGCACGGCCCUCGAACAAAGUAAACAAAUGUAUAAAUGCAUGUGUUUUUGGCGAGCUUGUAACUGUUAGUGAAGCGACGCGCGGAGCGACGACAUCAACAUUAAGCCCGUGUUUCGAGUUAGGCGAGGCCAGGCGUACGUUUAACCCACGCAGAGCCCGGGCGAAAUAAACGUAAAUUCACGCAAUUACUUCGCAGUAAAAAAAGCAUCGGGUGCCAAUGAUCGCUACUACGCAAUAGAAAAGUAAUUUAUCAUACAAUUUCGCCACUGCAAAAAUCGAAAGUUUCGGGUUUUAUUCCCUGCUAUAAAAGUGAUAAGAGCACGUUAACCCGUUCCUGUUACAGCUGAAUAACGCCGAGUCAUCAUCGAUCACGGCACAUACUCCACCGAAAGUCACUGGACAUGAGCAGGCAGCAGUGACUGAAGAAACCCAACCCAGUUCCAGCACAGAGCAGCGCAUAAGUAGCCGUAAAAAGGCAGCCGAAAAUGACCACGAACAGCAGCUUCUUCGAUGAACACAUCGCCAUGAUAUACUCCAACCUGAUGGACCAGUACAUGCCCGAGUACUUCAAAAGCUUUGAGUACACGCCAUGGGUUUUCUCCCUGCUGGGAUCGGUGGUAAUUGGACUGAGUGGCAUAUUCCCGCUGAUCAUCAUUCCCACGGAGGAGAAAAUGGCUAAGGAGGGAUACAAAGAUCCUGCAGAUUCAAAACUCCUGCGAGUGCUUCUGAGUUUCGCGGUCGGCGGUCUGCUGGGCGAUGUGUUCCUUCACCUGUUGCCAGAAGCCUGGGAGGGCGAUAAUCAAGAUCCUUCUAGUCACCCAUCCCUGCGCUCGGGCCUUUGGGUACUUUCCGGCAUACUGAUCUUCACGAUCGUGGAGAAAAUCUUUUCCGGAUAUGCCAGCGCGGACGAGGAGAACCCUCAGCCCAAGUGCGUGGAGAUAGCCAACUGCCUGUUGCGUCGACAUGGCGGCCAACUACCAGAGGGCGAAACCUCUGAGAGUUGUGGCGGCGCCUGCGACAUCGAAGAUGUAGGUAAAGUCUGUUUCCUACGCGAGCAGGAACAGAAGUCAAAGGAAAGGAAGGAACAGCCGAAGAAGGUGGCUGGUUAUCUGAACCUCUUGGCCAACUCAAUUGACAAUUUCACACACGGUCUAGCCGUGGCUGGAUCCUUUUUGGUGUCCUUCAGACACGGCAUUCUAGCCACUUUUGCCAUAUUGCUUCAUGAAAUUCCGCACGAGGUGGGGGAUUUCGCAAUCCUGCUUCGAUCCGGAUUCAGUCGCUGGGACGCCGCGCGUGCGCAACUACUCACGGCGGGAGCUGGCCUGCUCGGUGCUCUGGUGGCCAUCGGAGGCUCCGGCGUAACGUCGGCCAUGGAGGCACGUACUUCGUGGAUUAUGCCGUUCACCGCCGGCGGCUUUCUGCACAUUGCUCUGGUCACAGUAUUACCUGAUCUCUUGAAGGAGGAGGAGCGCAAGGAGUCCAUUAAGCAGCUGCUAGCACUGGUAUUUGGCAUUGCGUUAAUGGCCGUGAUGACCAUGCUAUUCGAACACUAGGAACUUUAGCUGACAGCAGUAUAAGAAGAAAAUUGAAAGCAGUUUUUAGUUUGUUCUAAGAUUGUCAUUGGCAGUUUUAAAUUAACAUGAAUUUGUUGUACUUUAUGGGAUUCGACAUCCUGUCUGCGUUAUGUAAUUAUAGCCAAUAUGAAUGAUAUUUAAACUAUUAUUAAUGAUUACGUAUUACUGUAUCAUACUUAUGAAACGAAAAUUCAAUAGACAUUUAAGGGAGAGUCCUUUGCCCUCCACUAUCCACG